UACAAUCCUUUCACACAGAAGUUGUUGCUUUCCUCAACCAUGGAUUCUAAAGAUGAGGCUAAUGUUAAAGAUGUUGAGUACCAAGCAAUGAAUAAUCCAAAACAAGGAGGAUUUAGAGCUACUUAUUUCGUCUUUGCAAUGAUGUUGUUGGACAACAUAGGAUUUGUAGCAAACAUGGUAAGUUUGGUGUUAUAUUUCUUGUUUGUGAUGCAUUUUGAUUCCUCUGGCUCUUCAACAACUACCACAAACUUCUUGGGAACUACUUUCUUGCUCACUGUCGUUGGAGGCUUCAUCUCUGAUACUUAUAUGAACCGUCUCAACACUUGCAUCCUCUUUGGCAUUAUUCAGUUGUUGGGAUACGCCUUACUUGUGAUUCAAUCCUACAACUUGAACCUUCAACCAAAACUAUGUGGCCAACAAAGUUGUUUGAGUGGAACAAAAGCUUUACUUUUCUACACUUCAAUAUACUUGCUUGCGCUUGGUGGUGGUGGUAUCAGAGGCUGUGUACCUGCAUUAGGAGCUGAUCAAUUUGAUGAUAAGAAUCCAAAAGAACAUCUCAAACUAGCUAGCUUCUUCAAUUGGUUUUUGUUUAGUAUCACAAUUGGAGCUAGCUUGGGAGUCACGUUUGUUGUUUAUGUUAGCAUACAAUACGAUUGGUACAAAGGUUUUCUUAUAUCUUUGUCAUGUUCUUCUGCUGCACUUAUUUGCAUUUUCGCUGGAAAGAGUUUCUAUCGUACUCGAAUUCCAGGAGAUAGUCCUUUGUUGAGUGUUUUACAGGUGCUGGUUGUCACAGUUAAGAAUUGGAGGGUGAAAGUACCUGAUAAUUCUGAAGAGUUGUAUGAAAUACAUAGUCAUAAGUCUACUUUGAAGAAAAAACUCAUCCCUCACACAAAUCAAUUCAGGGUUCUAGACAAAGCUGCCAUUCAACCAAAAGGCACAGAAGCAAUAAAAUGGAAAGUAUGCACAGUGACACAAGUAGAAGAAGUAAAGAUUCUAACAAGAAUGAUGCCAAUACUUCUAAGUACAAUCAUCAUGAACACAUGUUUAGCUCAACUCCAAACCUUCUCAGUCCAACAAGGAAUCAUAAUGAACACAUUCAUAGGCACUUUCAACAUUCCAGCAGCUUCAAUACCUGUUAUCCCACUAGUCUUCAUGACCCUUUUGAUACCAGUUUAUGAAUUUGCAUUUAUACCACUUAUAAGAAAAAUCACUGGUCACCCAAAUGGAAUAACAGAACUACAAAGAGUUGGUGUUGGUUUAGUUUUGUCAGCAAUCUCAAUGGUAAUAGCUGGUUUUGUAGAAGUGAAAAGAAAACACAAUUUCAAUGAUCAUAACCACAAAAUAAGCCUCUUUUGGCUUUCUUUUCAUUAUGCAAUCUUUGGUAUUGCUGACAUGUUCACAUUGGUUGGACUAUUGGAAUUUUUCUACAAAGAAGCACCUCAAGGAAUGAGAUCAUUAUCAACUUCUUUCUCAUUUCUUUCACUAUCAAUUGGUUUUUACUUGAGUACUAUUUUUGUUGAGAUCAUAAAUUCAGUGACAAGUAAGAUUGCAAAGAGUAAUAAAGGGUGGCUUGAAGGAAGAGACUUGAACCAAAACCAUGUUGAGCUAUUUUAUUGGUUUUUGGCCAUACUUAGUAUGAUCAACUUUGCUAUUUAUAUCAUUUGUGCUAAAUGGUAUAAAUAUAGGAAUGAUGUUUCAUUUGAUAGUGAAAUGAUGCUCAAAGAUUUAGAUACUACAACUAAUCAUGAAAAUGUGUUGUCUACAAACAAUGUGUUCAAAUUUCAAGAUAUUCCCCUCAAUGAAGAAGAGAGACAAGAAACCUCUCACUAACCAUGAUCACCAUGCCUCACAAAAAAAGAACCAUCAUCUCCAUUAUUGUUCUCUCCAUCAUUUAUCUCUUUUUAUUUAUUUAUUUAUUUCUUUAAUUUUAUCUAAGUAAUUCUUA